UAAAUACAGCUUUAUAUUUUUUUUUCAAAAAUACACAUGUAACAUGUGUGACAACAGUACAAUGCCAGCGUUUGUCACGUGGAUCGCCGUUAAAUCCCACACCUGACUGAAGACACAUAUACGUAAUACGUAUUCAUACUGUAUAAUACGCAUAUAAAUACGAUAUACACACACACGUGAUAUGACAUUACGUCAUAUCACGUGUGUGUGGUCUCGGUUUACGAUGCAACACAGACGCAACUGAAGCAAACAACAAAAACAUAAUCUAGAAACUCAAAAAAGAAACAAACUCCUUUCAUAAUUUUUCUUCGAUUACCCAACACUUAAGGCACCGCCUUAGAUUCUCGGACAACGUUGUUGCAGAGAAAUGAUCAGACCAUAAUCAAUUCAUUCGCAUGUCUAUAUAUAUAUAUAUAUAUAUGUUUGUGUAAAGAAGGAAGGGGUAAGAGAAAAGAGUAAAAGACCUCAAAGCUUAAAUCAGAAGAAAUGGUAGGAAGAAGAGGAAACCCUUUGUUGAGAUGGAAUACGAAACAUGAAAACGUCAGCCAUGGCUUCUCGCCAUCUGACCUUCAAGCCCUCUCUGCCAUUUGCGAGGCUAUUUUGCCUCCUGUUCCAUUGCAGAGCUUAGAUCUUGAGAUGAAGUUGAAGGUUUUACGCAAUGAUGCACUCUUAUCUUUCUUCAAGUCUUCUUCUGGGCCUCAUGUUCGACCAGAUGAGGUCGCAGAGCUGCUGGCGACAAAGGCAAUACCAGUGACGGUUAUAGUGGUCAGAAUAGUUUUGAGAAUUCUUACAUUCAGAUUGGGGACCUUGUUGCUUUGCGGGUUAGUCUGUCUUGAUCAGGCGAAUUGGCCUUUUCUUCUCAAAUUCUCUGAAAUCUCUCUCGAGAAGAGGGAGAAGGUUCUUCAGAGAUGGAACACACAGUGGUAUAAUCCUUUAGCAAGAAUCGGUUUUAUGAUGAUCAAAGCCAUCUUCUUGUUCUAUUACUUCACAUGGACAGAUGAAAAUACAGAAAACCCAGCAUGGGAUGCAAUUGGUUAUAGCGUCGACAUGAAUGAAAGCGAGGGCAUGGAACACAAGGAAAGACCUCUAGAGAAAGGGAUCAUCGAGACUGAUAAAGAAGAUGAGAUGACCAUCAAGCAACGUAUGAUCAACAAAGGUCUUAAAGUCACAGAGGACAGAGAAAGUGACACUUACAAGAUCGAGUGCGAUGCAGUGGUAGUGGGUUCUGGCUGUGGUGGAGGAGUUGCAGCUGCAAACCUAGCUAAGUCAGGCCUUAGAGUGGUAGUUCUCGAGAAAGGGAACUACUUUGUCCCCAGAGACUACUCAUCACUCGAGGGUCCUUCCACGUUUGAGAUGUUUGAGUCAAAUAGCUUGUUAAUGACUCAUGAUGGAAGGUUUCGGUUCAUGGCAGGAUCAACUGUCGGUGGUGGCUCUGUGGUAAACUGGGCAGCAUCCUUAAAAACACCUGAUGCUAUCAUAGAGGAAUGGUCAGUGCAACGAGGGAUUUCAGUGUUUUCUAGCGAGAAAUAUAAGACAGCGAUGGAUAGAGUCUGCAAGAGGAUAGGUGUCACUGAGAGAGUCAUCAGAGAAGGGUUUCAGAACCAGAUUCUGCGGAAAGGUUGCGAGAAGCUUGGGUUGGAUGUGACAACAGUGCCAAGGAACUCAACUGACGGACAUUAUUGCGGUAGUUGCUCCUUUGGAUGCCCAACUGGAGAGAAAAGAGGGACAGAUUUAACCUGGCUGGUUGAUGCAGUUAACAACAAUGCCGUGAUCCUAACACAGUGCAAGGCUGAGAAAGUGAUCUUGGCGGAAAACGAUGCUCACAAAAGAAAGGAGAGCGGACGGAAAAAAAGAUGUUUGGGAGUCGCAGCUUCUCUAUCCAACCGAACAAGAAAGAAGCUUCAGAUCAAUGCCAAAGUGACAAUUGUGGCUUGUGGGUCGCUUAAGACACCGCAGCUGUUGGCUUCGAGCGGGUUGAAGAAUCCAAACAUUGGUCGCGGUCUCCAUAUCCACCCUAUCCUGAUGGCUUGGGGCUACUUCCCGGAAAAAAAAUCGGACUUUGAAGGAGCAGCUCAUGAGGGAGAGAUAGUGACUGCACUGCACUAUGUGCAUCCAAUGGACUCUACCACAUCUAACAUCACACUGGAGACUCCUGCUAUAGGACCAGGUACUUUCGCAGCUCUAGUCCCGUGGGUCUCUGGGUCAGACAUUAAGGAGAGACUUGCCAAAUACUCAAGGACGUCUCAUAUUUUUGUCAUGGUGAGAGAUGAAGGUGUGGGAGAGGUGAAAGGGGGCAUUGUCAAAUACAGAUUAACGAAAGCCGACGAAGAGAAUCUGACGAUUGGGUUAAAGCAAGCACUGCAGAUCUUAGCUGCAGCAGGAGCAGCGGAGGUGGGCACAUACAGGAGCGAUGGGCAGAGAAUAAAGUGUGAUGGAAUGAAACAUAACGAUCUAGAGGCUUUUUUGCAAACGGUGGAGGCGCCAGCAGGAGUAAUGUCGAUGAGUAAGCAUUGGACUCAUUCGUUCACAGCGCAUCAGAUGGGAUGUUGCCGUAUGGGUGCAACAGAAAAGGAAGGAGCGAUUGAUGGAAAAGGAGAGAGCUGGGAGGCGGAAGAUUUGUAUGUAUGUGAUGCAAGUGUUCUGCCUACAGCUCUUGGUGUGAAUCCUAUGAUCACCAUUCAGUCCACUGCUUACUGCAUAUCCAAUAGAAUAGCCGAGUUAAUGAAGAAGAAGAAGAAAGACUAAACAAGAAAUGCUCAAUUUUUUGUUCUUUCUUAUUUUACUAUGAUGUUGAAUAAAAAAGAGGCAGGCAGCACUGUGAUUUUGUUUCCCAGAACAGCAUAGACAAGCACCUCAAAUUCAAUAGUUAUCAUUGUUCUAUUCAACGUGUAUUUGCCAAAAACAACAUAGACUAAGCAACAGGUUAUGCUA